CUGCAAUGAAAAUAUCGUCGUUGGUGGGUGGAUAUAUGGGCCCAGUUCCAUCAUUUUUUCCCCCAAAGAGUGACUGGGUGAAGACAAGCAACUGAAGAAGGCAUGUGGUGGAUAUUAUGGCUUGCAGCAGGCGUACACUUCUCGAAAGACGACAGCUGGUCGCUUCGUGCCACCCUGUAGCCGGGGCCCCUGUGCCUGAGCUCCAUGCACCUCAUACAGCAAACCUUUUGACUUCAUGAAGAUCCCUGACAUUGGUGAUGUAAUGAAUAAAUUUGAAGUCCUUGGGAUUGUGGGUGAAGGUGCCUAUGGUGUUGUUCUGAAGUGCCGACACAAGGAGACCAAUGAAAUUGUGGCCAUUAAGAAAUUCAAGGACAGUGAAGAAAAUGAGGAGGUUAAAGAAACAACUCUACGGGAGCUUAAGAUGCUCCGCACCCUCAAGCAGGAGAAUAUUGUUGAGUUGAAAGAGGCCUUCCGCAGAAGAGGGAAGCUCUAUCUUGUUUUUGAGUAUGUGGAGAAGAAUAUGCUUGAGCUGCUCGAGGAGUUACCCAACGGUGUGCCGACUGACAAAGCGCGCAGCUACAUCUUCCAGUUAAUCAAAGCAAUUCACUGGUGCCAUAAGCAUGACAUUGUUCACAGAGACAUAAAGCCAGAAAACCUUCUCAUCAGCUCUGAUGAUGUCCUCAAGUUAUGUGACUUUGGCUUUGCACGUAAUCUCUCUGAAGGGACUGAUGCCAAUUACACCGAGUAUGUGGCCACUAGAUGGUACCGCUCUCCAGAGCUCCUGCUCGGGGCUCCGUACGGGAAGGCAGUGGACAUGUGGUCAGUGGGCUGCAUCUUAGGAGAGCUGAGUGACGGGCAGCCUCUCUUCCCGGGAGAGAGCGAAAUCGACCAGCUCUUCACCAUCCAGAAAGUGUUGGGACCCCUGCCACCAGAGCAGAUGAAGCUCUUCUACAACAACCCUCGCUUCCACGGGCUCAGGUUUCCUGCUGUGAACCACCCCCAAACCUUGGAGCGAAGAUACCUGGGAAUCAUCGGCGGAGGUCUGCUCGACCUGCUGAAGAACCUGCUGUUGCUGAACCCGACAGAGCGAUUUCUCACAGAGCAGAGCCUGAACCACCACGCCUUCCAGACCCUGCGGCUGGUGGAGCGGCCCGGCCCACCCACACCUACACCUGUACGCUCCUCCAAGAGAAAACCUCACCACGGAGACAACACCACCCCCAGCAGGAGCCACGGGGGAAAAAGCUCAGGAAGCCACCGCUCCAGCAGCAGAGAGUGCUCCAGCUUACCCCGACACGAAGACCUCCACCCCAGCAACGACAGCUUUCUCAACGGCAACAUGCCUGCAGGCAUCAACCUUAGUCCAACCCUGCAUCCCAAGAACUACCAGCCGCAGAUCUUCAACCACUCCACUGCCUGCAGCAUGGACCUGGCCAGCAGCAACCUGCCUCAUUUGCUCAGUCCCGGUGAGGCCAAGAGUAAGGGCGACUUCGAGAUGAACUUGGGGUCCAAGGUGUCCGACGGCCCCGGGGCCAAGUACCUCAAAUCCAACUUCCGCUCACAGCAGAACCGCCACUCUUUUGUGGAAGGAAAGACCAACACGCUUCAAUCGGGGGACAAACACAGUAGACACAGCUACAUGGAGUCCCACAGCUCCACGCCCUCCUCCAAGUUUGCCUACCUGAACUUGUCCAAGAGCUAUGGCACGCUGAGUGAUGCCAAGUCAGUGGGGAACUUAAACGAUGUGCAUCUUUAUGCAGACGAGCCUACAUCACGCUAUUUUCCCUCCAGCUGCCUCGACCUCACAGCUCCGAGCAGCCCAGCACCUCGCAGAGUGGACAGACUGGGACCUGGUGGCCGAGGAAGCAUGCGCUCCGACAGAGAGAGCAACACUCUGGACUCCUCCUACAGGCGCUCCUCCACCCGCCAUAAGACAUCGGAGGAGGCCAAGUCACCGGAUGCUCUUGAUCCUGGGGACAGCGGCAUCGAAAGGAGCCAUUCUCACUCUCUGUCCGCCCCACAUGACCCUCUGGCUUAUGGUCAAGGGUACACCAGCCCCUUCUCCUCCCAGCAGCGGCCGCACCGCCACUCCAUGUACGUACGAAGGGAUCACCAGAGGACACACGGGGCAGACGAAGGGCUGUCGGUCGGGCAGGGAAUCCCCACCAGAGCCAGCAGCCUCCAGCUCCUGUCUCCACAGCUGCAGCACCGUACGCUGCCCCGCCACUCUGGGGGCUCCUCCAGAGAAGAAGACAUGAGCAGGAGCGAACAGGCACCCACUGAGGUCACCCACAGCAGACCCCCAAUAAGGGACUCCACAAGGGACAACACCGCAUCUUUUCACACACAGCGGCAAAAAAGCGAGGUUGGCUUAUAUCAUGACCAGCAAACAGAAGAUGGGGGCUCUUCCAAAGAAAACCGCAACAUCUACAGCGAAUCCAUGCCUAGGCGGGUGGGCAGCUUCUACAGAGUCCCUUCUCCCCGGCCAGACAACUCCUUCCAUGAUAGCAGAGGUCAGAGUCGGGGCUCUGGCUUAUCGGGGGACGGCAGCGGUUUGACAAAUCACUCGAAACGUCAGCCUGCCUUUGACCCCUGGACUGGCCCAGAUACUGUAGUCUUAAAUGCCUCUGAGCCAUCCAAAGAAAAGGAGAAACAGGGUUUCUUCAGAGCAAUAAAGAAGAAAAAGAAAAAAUCUCAAAUGAUGGACGUCCCUGAAGGAAGGCCUCCUGUCAUCAAGAAAUGUCUUUUCCCUCUGUUUAGCCCAAAGAAUAACAUAAAGCAUAGUUCCUCUGUGAGAGUCCUCCCUGUAGUGUCCUCUCCCAUGGUUCCUAAUGAAGGCAUGGACACACACAAGUCCUCCAGGUCCUCGAGUCACCAGAGCAGCCGCCACAGGUCUCGUGACAAGAGCAGAGACCGGGACCAGGAGCGAGACCGGGACAGGGACAAGGAUUGGCCGCCUGAGAAACUGUCUGAUUCACACUCUCCAAGUCAGCCACUGAAGUCACUGCGCAAGCUCCUGCACCUCUCGUCCUCGUCCUCCAACCAGAACCCUUCCUCUGACAUGCGCUACCAGCCGCUGCCUAACUCAGCCUCUGCUCAAGGUGGUUUCACUGAGAGUCGAGGUCACUCAGGGGUCAGCACGCCCCAGCUCAAGAGCCGACAGACAGCGUACCCGCUGCCCGGACAGCUGGAGUCCGGCUGGCACACGUCCGCCCUGGGCCGCCCUGAGGGCAACCCCUACCCCGAGCAAAUGAGCAUCAAGGGAGGCCAGAACGGGCACGGCUUCGGACGCCCAUCCAGAUCUCGUAUGCCAAACCUCAACGACCUGAAAGAGACGGCUCUGUGAUCUCCAUCAGCCUGCAGCUCUCACAUCCACUUCAGACUCCUUUUUUUUCCCCUCUGAUGCUCCUGCUCCUCCCUUGUAUAACAGUACACCUGCUCAACACACAUUACCACACACACACACACACACACAUAUAAACACACAGAUACCAAACCUUCAGUUUUACACACUGCUUGCAAAUGGGCCAAAAGCCUUUUUACGUCUUAAAUUUUUUUUAAAGCUUCCAUGUUUGAUAGACUUUAUAUUAUUACUUAUGUAAUUCUGAUUAUAAUUUGUAUUAUAAAGUAAAUAUAUUACAAAUUAAAUAUAUAUAAAUGGAUAGAUAAAGUGUAGAUUUUAAGUGUAAGUAUUUUUGUUUCUAUUAAAUAUAGAAAUAUAGUACAUUUUACGGCGUAGUAUUUCCUUAAGACUAUUCUAAGGCAUUCUAAACAAAGUUUUAUCAGUUGUUACAAUAGAGGUUGGUAAUGUCAGUAACUUGUGUUCAUCUCACCCAGGAUUGUAACUCUGUCCAAGCUGUCUUGCCUUUGGAUGUGCUGUCAGACUGGUUACAGAUGCUCAAAUGUGCAACCGCUCAUGUUCUUAAAAUAUAGCUGUAGUAUGGGCAGUUUCUGUGAAUUGGCACUGACAAUCUGAAAGCUUAGACUUGAUCGCUCUUUUCUUUUUUCUUUUUUUUAAAGGAUAUUUAGGUUUUUUAUGUCUUUAUGAAAUGCAGCCAUUUUAGAAACUAUGGUGCCAUAAACUAACAGAAACCCUAACCAACAUCGCCCUCUGUGGGAGAUGAUGAAGCACUGCAUUUACCGUCUUCUGACUGAGCUUGUCGAGCACUGACAUGUAGGCACUGACUUUAAAUCAUCAUUUUCAUAUUAUAAACCAAUAAUAUACAAUUAAAAUUGUGGUUAAUCGUUUCAAGUAGAGCAAACCGUAUAAAAACGUAUUACCAAAAUGUUUAUCUCUGUAAAAGUGUCAUAACACACCCUUAUAGAUGAAUUAUAUAGUAGUACAACCUUGAUACUUUGCACCGCUUUAAGCAAACAUCAAGGAUCCAGUUAAUGACAGGAACGUAUGAUGUUUAUACUAAAGGAUGUGUUUCUCUCUGAUAACUAACAGGGUUCAAUGAAGGCAAUUUUUUUGCUUUACUUCCAAGUGGUUCUAGCUGUUUAAUAGGUUAAAGACAUACAUCCAAAACACUAUAUAAACUUUAACUGCUGUAAAAAAAAAAAAAAAAAUUUCCUAUAAGAUAUGAAUAGUGUUUUUUGUCCUCAGUCGAUGUGCGAAGGUUGUUUUUUUACAGCAGCUAGAGGAACCUAAAAGCCAUUCUGGGUGUACUGGCGCAGUGACUCCCAACUUUUUUUUUUUGUCUGACGUCCUCCCACAGCCCUCUGAGACAAACACGAUUUUGUCACCCCUUUAGUCAUUUAACACUACUUUUCUUUUAUUGGAGGAAAGUGGAUCAUGUUAAAGUAAUUUUCAUACAAUUAAACUGUCAAUUUUGUCACAUUAGCAUUCAUUGUGUCACCACUUAUGAGUGAAAAGAGCUGGACACUUCAACAGUUUCAUUCUGUUAGCUAACUGUUUUAACCAUUUAUUGAACACUUUUAGCAGUUGGAGCCAUUUUUCUGUUACUUUUAACUAAUUUUAUACCUUUUAUAGACUUCGUUAGUUGUUUCAACUGUUUGUGCAUUACUUUUGGCAGUUUUCACCACUUAUCUAUUACUUUUAGCUACUGUUUUAGCCAUUUAUUUCAUGCUUUUUGAU